GAAUCGCAGUCUCUGCACCCCAUACCACCAUCGUUUGGCUACCUUUCUUGUUGUUCGUUUACUGUAAAAGGCUUGAAUAGCCUUGCUCUGUCCUUUGUAAAUCUAUAGCUGUACUCUAACUCUACAAGAUGUCUGACUGGGAGGGUUCCGAAAGCGAAACAGCUGCGCCUGCAGCACCUCACAUAGCCAAACUACCCGCAAAAAAGAAGUGGGAGGGCGAAGAUGAAGAGGAAGAUAGCCCUGUCAGUGACUGGGAACAGUCCUCAGACGAAGAAGAAGAAGAGAAACCCUCAACUACCACCUCUGCCGCUCCCAUCAAGAAGAAGGGCACUCUGAAAGCCAAAAUCGCCGAGAAAGAGGCUGCCAAAGCUGCUAAAAAGGCGGCAGGAGAUGACUCUGAUGAGUAUGACUCUGAUGAGGUUAUCGACCCACGCGAAAAGGCGAAAUUGGACAAAGAACGUGAAGUCAGAGCCGAUCUCGAGAACGCUCGUGCACUCUUGGGCGGUGCCGCUCUUGGAGGCACUUCUUCCAAAGAGCUCGACUCACUAAUCAGUGUCAACCCUCGGACUAAAGAAGACUUCCAGGAACUCUCAAGGGAAAUCAUUGAAUUUAUUAUCCAACGGCAUCAGAACAAACCCUUGUACGCGUCUUUUGUCGAACAUCAUGUGCGCGAACUCGCUGCUCCCCUCAAGGAUAUUGAAGUACGGAAAGCAGCUAGUGGGCUUACUACACUUGCCAACGAGAAGCAGAAAGAGCAGAGGGAGAAGGCUAGCGGCAAGAAGAAGCCAAAGAGUACUAUUAAGCCAGCACUAGGUUCUGCUAAGGUCACCGGCAAGCUUGACACUAGUGUGUAUGAUGAAGCAUUAGAUGACUUUGGUACAAAUGCAGAUGACUUCAUGUAGAAUACCAGACCACUUCACUCGUGUUCAUCUACCAUUUAGAUAAU